GCAGCCAGCUCUGCAGCUGACAGUGGUGGGUAUGAGUGGGAGCGUGGGGCUGGCUCCGUGGGGCUGGCUGCUGUUCUGUUGUUCCCCUGACGCCAUGCCCCGCCCCGCCCCCUCUGCUGCGUCCUUCUGUCUGGCCUUGGGUGGGGGUGGGGGUGGGGGGCAACUGGCACCUCACGUCCCGAUCUACUAGACUCCACCUGUCAGGAUGGCUGGCUGUUCUCUUACUAUUUGCAUGCGCGCGCGGGGGGUGCGCGUGAACGAGAGAAUAACACUGGCGCGUGCUGACUCAGGACGACGCGCUACGCAGCAGCUAACCGCGGCUCAUUUCUGCUUUGGCUUUUUUUAAACCUAGACUAACAGGAACACGGAACACCCGCCUCCCAGGUGAAAGGACUGCUGUUCGGUCUCGGCAUCCACUCUCUGCUUCGCAUUGCGUUUUUUCCUCUCUAUUAGCAGCCACACAGGAGGAAGCACACAUCCCAGCUCCAGUGGAUGUUUUUUUAUCCGCAGUGCCUGAGCCGAGCAGAGAACCGAGGAGCAGAAUGUCAAGACAGCCCCAGCAGCCCCAGCAGCCCCAGCAGCAGCAGCAGCAGCAGCACCGGACGCCCAUCAGACAGGUUGAUAAUACGGUGGAGGUCAAGAGCAAAUUUGAGGCCGAGUACCGCCGUUUUGGUCUGAAGAAGAAUGGCUACGUUGGCUUCCAAGAGUUCUACCAACUCCUCCAAAGCAUCCAUCACAUCCACGGUGUUGACGUGCUGCUGGAAUAUGCUGACAUCCACGGAGAUCUCCUUCCAAUCAACAAUGAUGAAAACUUCCAAAAAGCUUUCGCCUCAGCCAAUCCUGUACUGCGGAUUAUUGUAACUAUAAAAGGAGGUGACUCUAUUGCUUACACCACCAACUCUCUCCAGAGGCGCAGGAAAGGGCUGGUCCUAACAGGACUGCGCACAGGUGGCUCUGGAUCCAUCCACUCAAAGAACAAGUCGAGCCUCAUGAUUGGCCCGCCACAGAACUUCCGACAGAUCUCAUCCAUUAUUGAUGUUGACAUUUUACCUGAGUCACAUAGGCGGGUCCGACUCCACAAGUACGGCUCCAACAAACCUCUGGGCUUCUACAUACGGGACGGUGUGAGCAUACGGGUGACACCACAGGGUGUGGAGAAGGUUCCAGGAGUCUUCAUAUCUCGUUUGGUUAAGAGUGGGCUCGCAGAGAGCACAGGAUUAUUAGCCGUUAAUGAUGAAAUCCUCGAAGUUAAUGGCAUCGAUGUAGCAGGAAAAUCUUUGGAUCAGGUAAGAGACUUGAAGAUAUUAACGCUUUAAUUUAAAGCUCAUACAUAAAUAUGACAAUUACAUGAAAUGAUAACAUGUUCCAGAGAAGCUAAGAUAGAAAAGUGGUGGAUAAACAAAUGUCUUUAAUUGGAAAUAUGUUAUACUCUGUUUUAUUUAAAGAAACUAUACAAAUAUGAUACUGAUAGCAUAUUUCAAAAUGAAGCAUUUAGUGCCCUGUAGAGUUCAGAUACAGAUACACAACAAGAACUAUGUCCCCUUUUAGAGGUUUAAUAGCAUUGCUGAAAAAGAUGUCAGUUUGUAGAAAGAAUAUUUUUUGUUCCGCAGUUUUUGACAUCUUAACUU